AUGCAAGCUCAUUUGGCCGCUCAAGAUGAUGAUAUGUGGUAUGUCAUCAUUGAUGGUUCAAUGAAGAUUAUGAAGGUCAGCACAGACAAAACAUUAACUAAUGGUGCUCCUGAGAUGAAGGAGAAGCCAAAAUAUGAGUGGACUGCUGAAGAUAAGAGAAAGGUCAAUCUCGGCAAUGUGGCCAAAGAUAUUCUCUACAAGACGUUGGACAAGAACAUAUUCAGCAAGAUCAAGUCAUGCUCUACUGCAAAAGAAAUUUGGAAGAAGCUGACCCAACUCUGUGAAGGCAACGAUCAAACUAAAGAAAAUAAACUAAUGGUUGCCAUACAGAUGUUUGAAAGCAUCAAUAUGCGUCUUAGAGUGACAAUGACUGAAUUUGAUGAAUGA